GUUGCUUCAGUGAGUUGAGCUACCAUACAGUUCUAACCUUCAAAUAUGGCAUCUUCCUUGCCUGCUGUAGCAGAAGUGGAAGAAAUGCCACUGUCUUUUUAAGCUAGGAAGCUUUCCUUUUUCUUCUUCUUCUUCUAUUUUAAAAUUCUAAUCAUGGACGCUUCUUCUGAUCCCUAUUUGCCUUACGAUGGGGGAGGAGACAAUAUUCCCCUGAGGGAAUUACAUAAAAGAGGAACUCAUUAUACAAUGACAAAUGGAGGCAGCAUUAACAGUUCUACACAUUUAUUGGAUCUUUUGGAUGAACCGAUUCCUGGUGUUGGUACCUAUGAUGAUUUCCAUACUAUUGACUGGGUGCGUGAGAAAUGUAAAGAUAGAGAAAGACAUAGAAGGAUUAACAGCAAAAAGAAAGAAUCAGCAUGGGAAAUGACAAAAAGUUUGUAUGAUGCGUGGUCAGGAUGGCUAGUAGUAACACUUACAGGAUUGGCAUCAGGGGCCUUGGCUGGAUUAAUAGAUAUUGCUGCUGAUUGGAUGACAGACUUAAAGGAAGGCAUUUGCCUAAGUGCACUGUGGUACAACCAUGAACAGUGUUGUUGGGGAUCUAAUGAAACAACAUUUGAAGAGAGGGAUAAAUGUCCACAGUGGAAAACAUGGGCAGAAUUAAUCAUAGGUCAAGCAGAGGGUCCUGGUUCUUACAUCAUGAACUACAUCAUGUACAUCUUCUGGGCCUUGAGUUUUGCCUUUCUUGCUGUUUCUUUGGUAAAAGUAUUUGCUCCAUAUGCCUGUGGCUCUGGAAUUCCAGAGAUUAAGACUAUUUUGAGUGGAUUCAUCAUCAGAGGUUACUUGGGAAAAUGGACUUUAAUGAUCAAAACUAUCACAUUAGUCCUUGCUGUGGCAUCAGGUUUGAGUUUAGGGAAAGAAGGGCCCCUGGUACAUGUUGCCUGCUGCUGUGGAAAUAUUUUUUCCUACCUCUUUCCAAAGUACAGCACAAAUGAAGCUAAAAAGAGGGAGGUGCUAUCAGCUGCCUCUGCUGCAGGUGUUUCUGUAGCCUUUGGUGCACCCAUUGGAGGAGUUCUUUUUAGCCUUGAGGAGGUUAGCUAUUAUUUUCCUCUUAAAACUUUAUGGAGGUCAUUUUUUGCUGCUUUAGUGGCUGCAUUUGUUUUGAGAUCCAUCAACCCAUUUGGUAACAGUCGUUUGGUCCUUUUUUAUGUGGAGUAUCAUACGCCUUGGUACCUUUUUGAACUGUUUCCUUUUAUUCUCCUCGGGGUAUUUGGAGGACUUUGGGGAGCCUUCUUUAUUAGAGCAAAUAUUGCCUGGUGUCGUCGCCGAAAGUCUACUAAAUUUGGGAAAUAUCCUGUUCUUGAAGUCAUUAUUGUUGCAGCCAUUACUGCUGUAAUAGCCUUCCCUAAUCCAUAUACGAGGCUCAACACCAGUGAACUGAUUAAAGAACUUUUUACAGACUGCGGUCCUCUGGAAUCCUCUUCUCUUUGUGAUUAUAGAAAUGACAUGAACGCCAGUAAAAUUGUUGACGAUAUUCCUGAUCGUCCAGCAGGCCUUGGUGUAUAUUCAGCUAUAUGGCAGUUAUGCCUAGCACUCAUAUUUAAAAUCAUAAUGACAGUAUUCACUUUCGGUAUCAAGGUUCCAUCAGGCUUGUUCAUCCCCAGCAUGGCUAUUGGAGCAAUUGCCGGAAGGAUUGUGGGGAUAGCUGUGGAACAGCUUGCAUACUAUCACCACGACUGGUUUAUCUUUAAGGAGUGGUGUGAGGUUGGGGCUGACUGCAUUACACCUGGCCUUUAUGCCAUGGUUGGUGCUGCUGCAUGCUUAGGUGGUGUGACAAGAAUGACUGUCUCAUUGGUGGUCAUUGUUUUUGAACUUACUGGAGGCCUGGAAUAUAUUGUUCCCCUUAUGGCUGCAGUAAUGACCAGUAAAUGGGUUGGAGAUGCUUUUGGCAGGGAAGGCAUCUAUGAAGCACACAUCCGAUUAAAUGGAUACCCAUUCUUGGAUGCAAAAGAAGAAUUUACUCAUACCACCCUGGCUGCUGACGUCAUGAGACCUCGAAGAAAUGAUCCUCCCUUAGCUGUCUUGACACAGGACAAUAUGACAGUGGAUGAUAUAGAAAACAUGAUUAAUGAAACCAGCUAUAAUGGCUUCCCUGUCAUAAUGUCAAAAGAAUCUCAAAGAUUAGUAGGAUUUGCUCUCAGAAGAGACCUGACAAUUGCAAUAGAAAGUGCCAGGAAAAAACAAGAAGGUAUCGUGGGCAGUUCUCGUGUGUGUUUUGCACAGCAUACUCCAUCUCUUCCAGCAGAAAGUCCUCGGCCUUUGAAACUUAGAAGCAUUCUCGAUAUGAGUCCUUUUACAGUGACAGAUCACACACCAAUGGAGAUUGUGGUGGAUAUUUUCCGAAAGCUGGGUCUGAGGCAAUGCCUUGUAACUCACAAUGGGAUUGUCUUGGGAAUCAUCACAAAGAAGAACAUAUUAGAACAUCUCGAGCAACUAAAGCAGCACGUCGAACCCCUGACGCCUCCUUGGCAUUAUAACAAAAAAAGAUAUCCUCCGUCAUAUGGCCCAGACGGCAAACCAAGACCCCGCUUCAAUAAUGUUCAACUGAGUCCCAUAGAUGAGAGAGAGAAAACAGAAGAGGAAGUUCAUUUGUUGAAUAACACAACUCUUUAACAUGAGGGAGUCGUCUGCUUUUUUUUUCUCCUAAAAAAUGAAUUAUAAAAGCCAGGUCUUUGCAACAUGGUUUGCAAAUAAUAUGCUGGUGGAAUGGAGUUCCUUGGGGAGGGAAAGGAGAGAAGGAAAUGAGUGAGGGACUUCCCUGUUUAACAUCUAAUGGAAAGCAGCAAAUCAACUUCUGUUCUGCACUGGAUCACUGGAUGCAUUCAGCUAAGGACCUACCACGAUAGUGCAGGCUGAGCCUCAGCAGAGAGGACACCAGCGCCCUGGAGCACCUGGCCUGUAACUCCAACAUUGCAAAAACCUGUUCUCGGUCCCUAUUUCUGGAGGGAUUUCUUUGAAUUGAGCCAUCUCUAUGACUGCAAAGUCUUGCCCAUUUUUUUCCUCCCUCCAAUCAAAACUUCUGCUUAAUUCAUUCCAGAAGAGCUUUUAUUUCUUUGUUUCUUGAGUUGUAAACAUAGUCUUUAAAUUGGUGUGCCCUUUUGAAGCAGUCCUUUCUCAUAUUGAGAUGUACUGAGAUUUUACCGAGGUUUCAUCACAAGGGAGUGUUUCUUGUAGCAGUAACCAUGCAGCUUGGUCCAUAACUAAGUGCUCAGAGCAGUCAUGUGCACCACAAUUAAGGCUGAUCAUACAGGUAAUAUUCUGAAUGAAGCGUGAGGAGAAUCUCUAAGCCUGUGUGUUACAUGUUUUAGUCAACAAUGACACUUGGAAGAAUAAACAGGUUUGUUUUUUUUUCUCUUUAUGAAUAAUGUGACUUGGUCUUACGCAAAUUUUCUAUUUCUUAAACUACUAUGAUAUACAAGUGCUAUUCGGCAUAAGGAAACAGUACUGCUGCUUUAGUGGUAAAGAGAAGGAAGUAUUCUGUUUAGCUGUAUCUGGUAUUGCAUGUUUAAACACGAAUUUAUUUUCUGGGAAUUAGAUCUUUUUUUUUCUCAAGGUACUUCACUGCUGACACUGAAGAAAAAAUGUAAUUCAUAACUUGCACUAAAUGUAUAUUUCUUUUCUUAAAAAUUUACCAUUCUUAUUUAUAUUUUUAUGGAUUAAAAUUUAUAAAAUGCAGAUAAGUUAGUAUCGCACUUAAAUAAUUUUACCUUUUUAAUGUGAUUUUUAUAGACUAAUUCAGACUUACAAAUAUGGAGAUCUGAACAAAGUUUACAUGGGAGCAAGGGUUAAAAAAGGUGGUGGUUAUUUCUUUAUGAUCCAAUAUGUACAUAAAUUUUUCUGAUCGUUCACUGCCAUCCCCUAGAUUAUGUCUUCUGACCUGUCCAUUUUGACUCAUUAACUGGAAAGUUGAAGCACUACAAAUCACUUUGCAGAGUAAACCAAAAGAUAGUGUUAACCAUUUUUAUAAACAAGUGAAAAAAACAAUAGAAUUUCAGAUAUUCCAGUUAUAAUUUUAAUCUGAAUGUAACCUUUGAAAUCUCUUAGAGAGUAGGUCACAUCCAUAAAUGUUCAUGGAUGUUUUGAGUAUUCACAGUAUGCAUUUUUGCAGGAUAAAUUGAAAUGUACUGGGAUAAAUGUUUGGGAAUUUUUUAUUUGGAAACAUAUUUCUUAAUGAUGGUCUUUCCAUUAUUGGCUGUGGCAGCUUCUCAAAGGACUGGCCUAAGUAUUCUGUGGUAAUGCAUUUUAGCUAAGAAAAUGCAUUUUUGUAGGCAGCUGUCUUCAGCACAUCUGGUGAGCUGCUUUUACACUUUGGAAAUGAUUCUUCUCUCUUUAGUUCUAAAUAUACCUUUAAGACUGUAAGAUCCCAUAACAGCUGUAAGAUCCUGAAGAUAUAUAAAACCAUGAAGCCAUAUUAGAAUGACAAUUGAAAAACUGAGCAAGACUUUAGGAAUUAUAUAAAACAUCCCUAGUUGUGCUAUCUGCUAAAAGUUAGGGUUUUGUCCUAGUUACUUCCUCCCUCAAGCAAACUCCAAGUUCAUUUGGUGAUCAGAAUGAAAUAAUUUAUAAAUGAAAAUCCUAUAUACUGUAUCUCCAGUGUGUCUUAAGUGUAUUUGCAGUGUGUGUGUGUGGGGGGGGGGGCUGCACUGCUAAAGCUUGAACUGCUCACCACUGACUACUGAAUAACUGCUUGUCCUAGUUAACAAACCGUCAAAGGAGAACUUGGUUUCUUUGCAGAUAGCUUCAUACAUUAAUCUUUGAUGGAUUUUAUUUUCCACAUUUCCUUUCUGGUUUUAGAUCUUUUUAAUGCUCAUCCUACUUCAGAGACUGACAUUUCUGGGUGGAUAUUCAGGAUGGAUGUUAAUUUUCUUGGUAUAUUUCUAUCCCCAUUGUCUUACUGCUGAAAUAUUAGAAAAGCACCAUAUUUCUAAUGCAUUCAUAGUAGUUUCUUUCCAUUUUAUCCUUUGUCUUACCUUUAUUUCUGAUGUCUGCUUUUCAACCAAAUGAUGAAAUAGUGGAGACCAUGAAAUAAAUGUGCCUGGCUAAUUGGCAAACUGACCAAUAUAAUAAGUGGAGCGCCUUAUUGGAGUACCUUUUUGAGAUGGUAUGAUGAGAAUGGGCAAGGGUGUCAGCAUCUCUUAUUACUGUUUUCAGUUUUGGUUCAUGAAGAAUGGUUAGUUUGUUAAUCUGUGAUGUUGCCUAGAGCUGUAUUUAUCUUUUUAUUUAUACUAGUGUAGUAAAGCUGCAUUUCAUUACAGUAAAUAUGGUUACUGUGAUGAGUUAAUCAGAAAAUCUAUUAAAAUCUAUAUGACAAUG